AUGUCCGUCGUUUCCAAGCCGUCGUCGUUGACGACCAACCCAUUGCUGAUUGGCUACCUCUCGGCGCUCGCUGCUAACCCUCUGCGUACCAAGAUGAUCACCUCCGGUGUCCUUUCCGCGCUCGCCGAGGUGCUUGCCGGCCACUUUGCCGGCGUGGUCCCCACCGACACCCGCACCCCCUCUUCUCUCGACGAGAAGAAGCGUCAGGCGCAGCAGAACCCCGUCGGUCUCCUCCAGACCUAUGCCACCAAGCUCGGCAUCAACGAGCGCGCCUUCAAGAUGUUCCUCUACGGCUUCUUCGUCUCCGCUCCCAUGGGCCACGUCCUCACCGGUCUUCUGCAGAAAGCCUUCGUCGGUCGCACCAGCACCAAGGACAAGAUCCUGCAGAUUAUCACGUCCAACCUCACGGUGAGCGUCUUCGCCAACUGCGUCUACCUCUCGUGCAUGGCCUACAUCAACGGUGCGCGCGGGGUCGAGAACAUCAAGCGCGCCGUCAAGGCUGCCUUCUGGCCCGUGAUGCGCGUUACGUGGUCCACAAGCCCCAUCACCAUUGCCGUGGCUCAGAACUACCUUCCCGCCGUCGUCUGGGAACCCUUCUUUACGUUUAUCCGGUUUAUUCUGGCCACCUACUUCAACACGAUCGCCAAGAGCAAGCAGAUGAAGCUGGCUAGACAGGCCAAGCAGACCCAGCUCGAUGCGGAUCUCGCCAAAAACGCCGCCAAGGGCAAGUAA